AUGUCAGAAGCCAAGACAGACAAGGUAAAAAUCAAACCAGCAGAAAGUUUUGAACAUGACAAGCAAAAUGUUUCUUGGCUGAAGGAAGAACUGGGCAGCCCAAUUCUACCACCCCUUGGAGACUCAGAUAACCAUCUUACAAAUGAAAAACAUACAGAUGAAAAGCCUGUGAAAGGUAUUGUUAUGAGUUCUGUCGCAGAAUUCAGCAUCACAGACGCUUCAUCAAAGGGUACCAAAAAUGAGAAGAAAUUGUCAGAUGCUAGCACAUCGUCCAUUGCUUCCCUGGAGGAAUGCAGAGAAUUCACUUACAUUGAAGAAGACGCAUCAGUACAUCAGAGAGACAGUGACGAUGAAUGUGCAACACUUAUCCUGGCCUGCUUGUUCUGCCAAUUUUGGGACUUUCUUAUAAUGCUGCCUGAUACCUGUGAACAUUGGCUGACAGAUACCUGUUGUCCAUCCAAUAGAUACUACCAGACGUCCAACGAAGACCACGCCAACAACGACUGCAACUGUGACUGUGACAUUGAUUGCAGCCUUUUUGAGUCCUGCCACGAGACUGGUGAAUGCCUGGAACUUGCUAUGGAGAUUUCCGAAGUCUGCUAUCGCUAA